AUGAGUGACGGUAAGUUAUUUGCUCGAUCAAAGAGCUCAGAACUCAAGGCAGAACUUGACCAAGCGUUCAAAAAAAGUAAACCUCAGGCAAGAGUAAAAAUUGUCCUCAAGAAGGUUGUGGCUAACAUCAUCCUUAACAACAAUGAACUCGUGUCACUCUUUCCAGAUAUCGUCAGCUUAAUGAAAUUUGAUGAUUUGGAGAUCAGGAAGUUGUGCUUCCACUAUAUAGUGGCUUACGCGCCUAUGCACGUUACAGCAGCAUACGAGGCCUUGCCAUUUUUCCAACGUUUCAUAAAGGAAGAUUCGAAUCCGUUGUUACGAGCUCUACUGAUCAGGACUUUAUCAUCCGUACCUAACAAGGCAUACGUCGAUCUUAUGUUCCAGCUAUGUGCAUGGGCGUUGACGGAUAAGGAUGCUCAUGUUCGAAAAACUAGUUGUUACGCUGUAUCUAAAUUAUAUCAACACGAUGCACGUCGUACAACUGAUCUGGGAUUAAUUGAUAACUUGAAUGAUUUAUUAUACGAUUCCGAUCCGGUAGUAGUUUCGAAUGCCCUAGCUGCACUUUCAUUCAUCACUGAUCAAGGUAAGACUCUCACAUUGACAAUCGACAAACGUCACGCUUUAUCGUUAUGUCUGUAUUUGAGCAAAGUAAAUGAAUGGUGUCAAGUAUACUUGCUAAAUGCAUUGACUUCUUAUGUUCCCCAGACAUCAGAGGAGGCUAUGGAUCUAAUUGAUGCAGUGAUGCCAUCGUUACAACACGAAAAUUCUGCAGUAGUACUCGAUACGAUAAAAGUAAUCGUCUAUUAUAGUAAUUACAUUAGACACCCAGAGUCAAUAUUCCCAACUUUACCUAAAAGGUUAGGAUCAUCAUUGGUAUCUUUACUUUCCAAGAAACCUGAAAUUCAAUUUUUGGUUUUACGUAAUGUAAUUUUGCUUCUAUUAGGUAAGCGUGAGCUACUUACAUUCGAUGUUCAGAUGUUUUUCUGCAGAUACGAUGAACCAAUAUAUGUUAAAGAUACAAAGUUGGAAAUUAUUUACUUAUUAGCCAACGAGGGAAAUGCUCCAAUAGUUUUGAGAGAAUUGGAAGAAUAUGCUACUGAAGUCGAUGUUUCAAUGGCUCGGAAGGCUAUCCGUGCAAUUGGGAACUUGGCGGUCAAACUUCCAAGUGUAAGUGAUCAAUGCGUGGAGGUGCUUGUAGAUCUCAUAUCAAAUGGUAUGUCAUAUAUCGUCCAAGAAUCGGCAAUUGUCAUCAAGAAUAUUUUGAGAAGAUAUCCUGCAAAAUACAACUUUGCUAUCACUGAAUUACUUCGUCAUUACAAGCUUAUAGAUGAGACAGAUUCGAAGACUGCCCUUAUCUGGAUAUUGGGUCAGUAUUGUACAGAAAUUUCCAAUGCAGCAGAAAUAAUUGAGUAUCUUACCAAUAAUUUUAAGGAUGAACCUACCGAAGUUCAGUAUGCAAGUUUAACAACAGCCACAAAGCUUUAUUUCCAAGUUCCCGAAAAGGGAGAAAAACUUGUAUUGAGGGUGUUAAAAUGUGCUACUGAAGAAGUCGAUAAUCCUGAUGUGAGAGAUCGUGGGUUUUUCUAUUGGAGGUUGAUUUCUGCUGAAGGGGCAAAUGGACCAAAUGGAGAGUUCCAAGCAAAUACAAAGAGAAUACUAUUAAACACAAAGCUUUCAAUUACAACAGAUAGCGACAAGAUUGAUCCAGAAAUCUUGGAAGAAUUGGAGCUUAAUAUUGGUACUCUUGCAUCAAUUUACUUAAAACCUGUACAUCAUGUCUUCCGCUUAGCCAAGAAGAAACAAUUAAUAAGGAGUCCUGCUUUACAAGCUAGAAGCCCGACUUAUUCUGGUUCAGAACUGCCUACAAGAGAACUGCUGUCCACGCCAAAUUCGAUGGGUGACACUGCAAUGAAUUCAACAGCAGGUACGGCAUUUACAGGAAGCAGGCCUUCUCGAUUUGGGCUGCAAAAGAGACAGAGCAUCACCCCCGAACCAAUUGUUGACGCGAAACCUACUCAAGAUCCACCAGCUACAGAGAGUUUUGCAAAACGACUUACCAGGAAAGCAUCUCUUAUAAAAAGAAAGGGAAGUAAAUAUUAA